CCUAAAGGCAGGAGCUUUGCUGCCCCUGAAGUCCUUUUUCAGAGAUUUCACCGAUUUCGUUGGGUUGGCUCCAUUCCAACUCAACACCAAUUCAUACAGGGUGCUGUCUGCCCUGAGGUCCUUAUUCCACGAGCUGGGGUGGAUAGGACCUUCACCCCAAGAGAUUUUAUACCUCUUUUGUUUGAAGAGUAAUCCCUCCCGAGCUCGGGGAGGAGAUGGUUUUUACUACCUUUCGAGCUAUCCCAAAGAGACAAAAAUCUUUGAAGACCUUCCGAACCAUCCCCCUGACUUCAAAAGGGCUUUUUUCUGGACAGACGGUCUGUUCCCGUCUCGACAUCGUUCGUUUAGGCGAAUUCGUAAGUAUUCUCGUUACUUUCUAUUUUUGAGCUCGAAUCUUUAGCCCUUGUAUCCAUGUUUAGUUGAAGUGUAUCUCGCCUUUCAGCUAACUUUCAGCGUCCCACCCCCGACGAGACAAUGAAGGAGCACAGAGGGAGCCUGCUCCGACUCCCUUAUGGCAGGAGGUCUCUUUCAUUUCUGUUACAUGAGGACAAGCUUCGAGCUUGUGGCUUGUUGGGACAGGGCCAGUCAACCUCUGACUGGUCCAGUAAAAAAUACGAACGCUGGGAGGAAGUGUCUUUGCCCACAGGCAUCCUUCCUCCGAGGAGGAAAAGGAAAACACCUCUCCCAAUUCGCUCGAGAAGUCCGCGGUCAGGGAACGAGGCAAAUGAUGAAGCCUCGGGUUCGGACUCUGAUGGAGGUAAAACCCUUCCUACUUCGCGAAUGUGGUCUCCCACUUUAUUAAAACACAGGCCCAAUAGACUAGUCUCGUGCCCACAGGAUAGAUAUCACUUCUAUAUAUGGAGUUGGGUAGAUGACUGUGUCCAUAGGUUUGAUAGUGGGCUCGGGAAAUAUGACACUAUGUAUACCACAGACGAGAUGUGGAAUGGGAUAGCUGUGCAGUAUGGGACCAAUGACUAUAGGGACCUUUCGAGGUUAUCACCAACUUAUAGGGAAGGCCCUCCCCCCGCCUCUUCUGAAGACGGGGGAAUUUCAUGGUCCCCAAGCUCGAUCUCGGGGGAAAGUUCCAGCAACAUGGACUCCGACCUCGACGCCCUCAUCGACAAUGCGGGUGCCAAGAGGAGCAAGCGCCCCAGGGCAAGGGGACUGACAACCAGUCAGCCUGGGAAAAGCUCCAAGAGAUCCAGGAAAACGCCUCCUCCUCCCCCGCCGGCUUCGAGCUCUGCUGCUGCGUCGACUGGCCAGACUAACGUCCCCAUGACGAUACCACCCUCGCAGGUCGUCGUCCCUGUGGUGGCGCCGGCCUCGCAGACUGAUAUCGCUGCCGUGGUUGAAUCCCAACCUCCUGUGGCGGGUCAAAUGCCUUCUACCCAGCUCGCCAAAAGACCUUCUGCUUCCCGAGCCCAGAAGCUAACUAUUUCCACCCAUAUGGAUUCGUAUGUGGUGGAUAAUGCUGCCGGUCCUCACGGGUCUAUGCUGAUCUCGGAUGUAAUGUCCCGGAUUGGCCAGAGCUACGGCAAUUUUGAGGCUCCUCAGUGGCAGUGUCUAACUGGCACUCGGGACCGCACUGUCCUGUACGAGAAGAGUAUCGAGCACACUGCCGCGGCUCUUGCUUUCACUGCCCAGCUUAAUUAUGAGCUGAACAACGAGGUCCAUACGAGCAGGACCCUCGCCCAAGAGGAGAGGGACCUCCACCUUAAAGCGAAUGACGACCUGAAGGCAGUGAAUGCUAAGCUCGAGGCAGUGGUUAAGGAGCGUGAGGAAAUGGCCAAGGAGCUCGGAAAGCUGAAAAACGAACUCGAGGAGCAGAAGAAAGACAACAUCCAGCUUCGGGAGACCAACAAGAAGCUCGAGGAAGACAAGGCCGUCACCCUCGACCUCAUGGAGGAUAUCAAAACCCGCCUUACUGCUGAGUUCAAAGAAAAGAAGGAAACGGCGGUCGAUUCAGCCAUGUACUGGAUGUGGGCCUAUAACGAAGAACUGGACACCAGUUUUUUGGGUCCCCUCGAGGCGUCCUUCCUCGAACGAUGGAAUGCCCGGCUCGAGAAGGAAGAGGCUGACCAGCUUGAGAAGGAUAAAGCUACUCCGAGUACUGUUUCGGAGGGAGCUCAGGAGGAUAGUCAUGCUAUUCGUCCUGAGGGGUCCGGUGCCACUGAUGCUGAGAAGGCCAAGGAGACUCCUCUUCUUUGAAUCUGACCUCGGGGAGAUCAGUUUUCGGGGCUGCGUCCCAUUAUUUCUGUAAUUAUUUCAACUUGUGCCCACGGGGCUGAUACAAUUCCCUUUAUUAUUCUUUUAUAUACUUACAUUUCUUGGUUCGAAAUAUUUUGCAUAUUUUUAUAAUUGAUGGACCGGUUAUGUUUAUUUAUGCAUACAAACAUAGUUUGGAUUUAGGCUCGAAAUUCGAUGCAUUCAUGCAUAGUUUAUUCGAUUUAUCCGUUUCCAACCUCGUUAUUUAUCAAGGUCGGACAUUACUGUAACCAUGAACUGAAAAGUACUUAUAUGGCAUGUAAUAUGAAUGAUUUGGUUCAUCUUU